AUCAUUUUUGACGUCUGUCAAAAAAUUACACGAAGUGAAUAAUCGUGACUUUCAGUUUUGAAAUAUUAGGAGCCGGUGUUUGUUUUUUAGCAGAAAAACAGUAAUUUGAAGGAAAUAUUUCACAAUGCCCAAUGUUUCAGUGAAAGUAAAGUGGGGUAAGGAGACAUUCCCCGGUGUGGAGGUAAACACAGAUGAUGAGCCUGUGCUGUUCAAGGCUCAGAUAUUUGCCCUGACCGGAGUGCAGCCGGACAGACAGAAAGUGGUCUGCAAGGGUGUAACACUGAGAGAUGAUGCUUGGGGGAACUUCAAAUUGACUAAUAAUGCUAUAGUGCUUGUGAUGGGUAGCAAAGAAGAGGAUGUUCCAGCAGCCCCUGUUGAACAAACUCGCUUUGUGGAAGACAUGAAUGAGGCUGAGCUGGCUACAGCUCUUGAUCUUCCCGAAGGUUUGAUGAAUUUGGGCAACACAUGCUACAUGAAUGCAACAGUUCAGUGUCUCAAGACUGUCCCAGAGUUGAAGAAUGCACUUCUUAAUUAUGAUAAAACAUCAGGAGGCGGUACAGCGGGUGAGUUGACUUCCGCACUGAGUGACACGAUGCGUACACUGGAGGGAGGGCAGUCAGGUGCAUGUGCAGUGGCCACUGCCAAGCUGCUGCACGCGCUGCACGAGGCUGCUCCAAGGUUUGCGGAGCGCGGCGCCGGCGGGGGCUUCGCGCAGCAGGACGCCUCCGAAUGCUGGAGCGAGAUUGUGCGCGCAUUGCAAAGCAGGCUCCCAGUCGCUGCUCCAGUGCCAGGGGACAGGGCAUCUAUAGUGGAGCAGUACUUCGGGGGCCAGCUGGAUGUGGAGCUGGUGUGCGCGGAAGCGGAGGAGCCGCCCUCGCGUAGCACCGAGUCCUUCCUGCAGCUUUCUUGCUUCAUCUCCCAGGAUGUCAAGUAUCUGCAGUCCGGUCUAAGAUCUAAAAUGUCUGAACAAAUCACAAAAAUGUCACAAACAUUGGGCAGGGAUGCUAUUUAUACAAAAACGAGUAAAAUAAGCCGCCUGCCCGCAUAUUUGACAGUUCAGUUUGUGCGAUUCUAUUACAAGGAGAAGGAGUCUAUCAACGCUAAGAUACUCAAAGACGUGAAGUUCCCACUUGAGCUGGAUGUAUUUGAACUCUGUUCCCCCGAGCUGCAGGAGAGGCUCGCGCCAAUGAGAGCCAAGUUCAAGGAAUUAGAUGAUGCCAAAGUAGAGUCCACACUAAGUGGAAAGAAUAAAAGCCACGGUGACUCUAGGAAAGAUACGAAAAGGAAAGCUGUUCUUCCAUAUUGGUUUGAAAAUGACGUGGGCAGCAACAACAGCGGGUUCUACCGUCUGCAGGCAGUGCUGACGCACCGCGGACGCUCCUCAUCAUCAGGACACUACGUGGCGUGGGUGGCGCGCGCCGGCGGCUGGCUGCGCUGUGAUGAUGACACCGUCACACCUGUCACCGAGGAGGAGGUGCUCAAGCUCAGCGGAGGAGGUGACUGGCACUGCGCUUACCUGCUGCUGUACGGGCCCAGGAUCCUCGAGAUCCCAGAGGAGGAGGAGCCCAUGGUGACGGAGGCUAACGAGGACCCCGCGGGGGAGCCCCCCACCGCGCUCGCUUAGACCCCCCGUCAUAAGACAGACCCCCGCACACACAUUGCAACCGCGCGGUAGCGGCUCUAGAAAUGAUGGCUAUUCAACGAUCGCUUCCGUAGAUAUCUAUCGCCUAAUAAAUAUCUUGUACUCAUAGAAAACUCAUUCUUCAAUGAAAAUAAGCGUUAAUAUUACAGACUAAAUAAUAUAAUUAAGUUUAUUACAUAAAUGUAUUCAAACUUUUUACGAAUUUUAAUUUUACUGGCAUGUCAUUUCUAGACCUUUCUCUGGUUCCGUUUUUUUAUUGAUUCGCUGAUAUUUUAAUGUACUCUUGCAUCUCUAUGAAGAUAAUAAGUGUAUUUAUUUCGAUAUAAAAUCUCGUUACAUAAAAAUAUGUGAUUUGAAAGAAUAAUUUCUGUUCCUUUUUACGUACAAUGUGUUAUAAAUAGCAUUUAAGAGCUUUGGAAAACGGAACUUGAUUUUUUUAUAUGAUUUUCAAAAAAGCAUUUAAAAUGCUGUGUGUUUAAAUUCCAAUGUCAAAAAACUUGUAAUAAAAGAUUGUGUGUUUUUAUGCCAUUCUAUAAAGGAAACAUAGAUGCGACUCAUUUGAGCAUGUCUGAUAUUCUCUUUCUAUACAAUUCUAUUGAAUUUGAUAAGACUAAUUAUACUAAAAUGAUA